AUGAUCCUGGAUUUUUUUUACGUGUUCUUCACCGGCCCGUCCGGCAUCACCCUGAACGGCACCUUCGGGGGCAAUGCUGGAAAGUUUGCUCCGCCGGGCACUGCCAUUGUUUCCCAAGGCCUCUAUGUUCACCGUGGUCUUGGGAUCAUCGACGGCCUGAAGCCGAAUGCCGAGGAUGUGGAGUCGAUCUACUAUGCAGAUUGCCCCUUCUCCAACAUCAACUACCCCAACUACCCCAGCUACCCCAACCCCAACCCUUUGGGUGGCUCUGGGUCGGCAACCGUCUCCUACGCCAACUGCGUCGUGGGCAAUCAGAUUCUCGGCCGAGGCCGUGCAACGGGAACAACCAUUGCGGAUAACAGUGGCGAGAGCACAACUUACGUGAUUCAGAAUGCCGUUUUCUUCGAUGAUGAGUGGCCUGACGCACCGACGAGCUCCGGAAGAGUCACACCCCUAGUCUCGCAGCCUACGUUCCAUCGGGAGUUCCAGACCGAUAUUGUGGUCUUCGCUGAUGGGGUGCUUCCCGUGAGCAGGAGUCGAUCAGGUGCUGACAUUCUUCCGUACCUGUUCGCCCACCACUAUACGCAUGAAGCAGGCAUCAAGUUUCUUCGCCGCUGGACUUCGUUCAAGUUGGACAGCGAGAUAAGAGCGCUUCGCCGCAAAUUCCUUGUAGCCCUGCGGGACACAUUCGGCAUCGGCCUCGUGCAACCGGAUGACUGGAACGACACUCCUCUCCACGCUCAGAUCGACUUGGGCAGGGGAAACACUGUUGUUCCUUACGAGGUUAACCAUUUGAGCAACCAGCGAGCCUUGCUGAAGGUCCUUCCGGACAACAAUGUCGAACAGCCUGGACUGGAUUCCCGCCUGCACGAGGGUGGCUUCCGUCUCCUUGUGGGCAACUCUGGUAUAGACACUUCAGCUCAGCACUUGCCAUUCGGUAGCUUCAUUUUGCAAGGUGUUUACGUGAUCGAGAAUGGAUCCACGGGGAACAUUGAGAUUUCCUUCCGGUCAAAAUUUCCCAUGAUUACAGACCCUUGGAGUACAGUGACUGCUGUGCAAGAGCUUCACAAUCCGGCACUGGGUGAUGGAGAAGCACGCAUCACAAUCGCAGAGCCAUCUCCGACACCAAUGGGGCAGAAGAUCAACAUCAGAGGCAACUUCGGUUUCCGUGGACCUUGA